AUGUCCAAUACCAGUACCAUCACUGAAUUCCUCCUUGUAACAUUGACAGACACACGGGAGCUGCAGCUCUUGACCUUCUGGCUCUUCCUGGGCAUCCACCUGGCUGCCCUCCUCAGCAACGGCCUCAUCAUCAUUGCCGUAGCCUUUGACCCCCGCCUCCACACCCCCAUGUACUUCUUCCUCUUUAGCGUCUCCCUUCUUGACCUUGGCUCCAUUUCCACCACUGUUCCAAAAGCCAUGGCCAAUUCCCUGUGGGACACCAGGGCUAUUUCCUACUCAGGAUGUGCUGCACAGGUUUUUCUUUUUGUCUUUUUCAUUUCAGCAGAGUAUUUUCUUCUCACUGUCAUGGCCUACGACCGCUAUGUUGCCAUCUGCAAACCCCUGCACUAUGGGACCCUGAUGAGUAGCAGAGCUUGUGUCCACAUGGCUACAGCUGCCUUGGGUGGUGGUCUCCUUUAUGCUCUGCUGCACACUGCCAAUACAUUUUCACUACCACUCUGCAAGGGCAAUGCGGUGGACCAGUUCUUCUGUGAAAUCCCCCAGAUCCUCAAGCUUGCCUGCACAGAGACCUGCCUCAGGGAAUUUCGACUUCUUGGGUUUAGUGCUUUUGUCUUUUUUGGGUGCUUCUUAUUCAUUGUGCUGUCUUAUGUGCAGAUCUUCAGGGUUGUGCAGAAGAUCUCCUCUGAGCAGGGACGGCACAAAGCCUUUUCCACAUGCCUCCCCCACCUGGCUGUGGUCUCCCUGUUUAUCACCACUGCCAUUUUUGCCUGCUUAAAGCCCCCCGCAAUCUCCUCCCCAUCCCUGAAUCUAGUGGUGGCUGGUCCAUACUCAUUGGUGCCUCCAGCAGUGAACCCCCUCAUCUACAGCCUGAGGAACCAGGAGUUCAAGGAAGCAGUGUGGAAACUGAUGACCUAA